CGGCGACGCGGAGGGGUCCGCGCUGCACCGCCGCCGCACCCCGGCCGCGUGACCGCACUGCAGAGAGCGGCUGCGAGCAGGCGCCGGCGCACCGGCCCAAACGCCGAGCGAGCGAGGGAGAGGCACAGUCAGAGGGAACGCCCGCGCGGGGAGCCAGGGGCGCCCGACCCCGCCGCCGCCGCAGCGGCGCGCAGCCCCCGACGCGCCCUGUGGGGAUCCGGACCAGGAGGGACCCUGCCCCGGGAAAAGGCUGUGGAGACCUGGGCUCCCACCCCAAUUCAUCCCCCCACACCCCCGCCGCCCCGUGCCACCCUGGUCCGCGCUGGGAACCCUAUCCUGCCCCUCGUGUCAGCCCGGCACUGGCCAGAAUUGCGGGCAUGGCGGUGACGAUGCUGCAGGACUGGUGCAGGUGGAUGGGGGUCAACGCUCGCAGGGGCCUGCUCAUCCUGGGCAUCCCGGAGGACUGUGAUGAUGCCGAAUUCCAAGAGUCCCUCGAGGCUGCCCUGAGGCCUAUGGGACACUUUACAGUGCUAGGCAAAGUGUUUCGAGAGGAGGAUAAUGCCACCGCGGCCCUGGUCGAGCUCGACCGGGAAGUCAACUAUGCUUUGGUCCCCAGGGAAAUCCCAGGCACUGGGGGCCCGUGGAACGUGGUCUUUGUGCCCCGUUGCUCAGGCGAGGAGUUUCUCGGUCUCGGUCGCGUGUUCCACUUCCCGGAGCAAGAGGGGCAGAUGGUGGAGAGCGUGGCCGGCGCCCUGGGCGUGGGGCUGCGCAGGGUGUGCUGGCUCCGAUCCAUCGGUCAGGCGGUCCAGCCCUGGGUGGAGACCGUGAGGUACCAGAGCCUGGGCGUGUUUUCCGGGAGGGACCAGCCAGCCCCAGGGGAGGAGUCCUUUGAGGUCUGGCUAGACCACACCACCGAAAUGCUGCAUGUGUGGCAGGGGGUCUCGGAAAGGGAGAGGAGGAGGAGGCUGCUGGAAGGCUUGCGUGGGACCGCCCUGCAGCUCGUGCACGCGCUCCUGGCGGAGAACCCCGCCAGGACGGCGCAGGACUGUCUGGCGGCCCUGGUCCAGGUGUUUGGAGACAACGAGUCCCAGGCGACCAUCCGGGUGAAGUGCCUGACCGCUCAGCAGCAGUCAGGCGAGCGUCUCUCAGCUUUCGUGUUGCGGCUGGAAGUGCUGCUGCAGAAGGCCAUGGAGAAGGAGGCCCUGGCCAGAGCAUCCGCCGACCGCGUGCGCCUGAGGCAGAUGCUCACCAGGGCCCACCUUACUGAGCCUCUGGAUGAAGCACUGAGGAAGCUGAGAAUGGCCGGGAGGUCUCCAAGUUUCUUGGAGAUGCUGGGGCUCGUUCGGGAGUCUGAGGCAUGGGAGGCCAGUCUAGCCAGGAGCGUGAGAGCCCAGACACAGGAAGGGGCCGGUGCCCGGGCUGGUGCCCAGGCUGUUGCCGGAGCCAGCACUAAAGUAGAGGCGGUCCCAGGAGGUCCUGGCCGGGAGCCAGAGGGCCUCCUCCAGGCAGGAGGCCAGGAGGCUGAGGAGCUCCUCCAGGAGGGGCUCAAGCCCGUCCUGGAGGAAUGUGAUAACUAGGUUGGGGCUGGGGAGGCAGCCCAGCGCGAGUCCUCCCCGGGCAAAUAGGCUCCGAGGGCCCCGGGGCCUCCUCUCCUCCUCUCAGGCAGCAGGGCCCUGGAGACAGGCGGAGGCGGGGCCAGGGCCGGUCCCUCACCCCACAUCGGGAUCGGGGCC